UGAGAGCCGAGCCCCCGCCUCGCCGCCGCAGCCCUGGAGUCCUCGCCCGCCUGCAGCCGGGAGCCGGCCGAACCCCCGCCCGCCGACCCACACUGCUUUGCUGCACUCCCGGGAAAAUGAGGAACCAGAGGUCUCCUGACAACUUGGCGAGAAAUCACACUUCUCUUCAAAGGAAUUAAAACCAUACCCACAUCAUUGUCCAUCCCGCAGUGUCCAAGAAAACCCUCUUCUGCAAAAGCAAUGGCUUGUUCUGAGGAGCAAGGAGGUGUCCCCUGUGGCUUCUUCCGCCAGAAUUCUGGCAACUCCAUGUCUUUGGACUUUGAGCCGGACGCAGAGUACCAGUUUGUGGAGCAGCUGGAAGAGCGCUACAGAUGUGCCUUCUGCCGCUCAGUGCUUCACAACCCCCACCAGACGGGCUGUGGGCACCGCUUCUGCCAGCACUGCAUCCUGUCCCUGAGAGAAUUAAACGCAGUCCCACUCUGCCCUGUAGAUAAGGAGGUGAUCAAAUCUCAGGAGGUGUUUAAAGACAAUUGCUGCAAAAGAGAAGUCCUCAAUUUAUAUGUAUUUUGCAAAAAUGCUCCUGGAUGUAAUGCCAAGAUUAUUCUGGGAAGAUACCAGGACCACCUUCAGCACUGCUUAUUCCAAGCUGUGCAGUGCUCUAAUGAGAAUUGUCGGGAGCCAGUCCUUCGCAAAGAUCUGAAAGAGCAUUUGAGCGCAGACUGUCCAUUUCGAGAGGAAAAAUGCCUUUAUUGCAAAAAGGAUGUGGUAGUCAUCAAUCUACAGAAUCAUGAGGAGAACUUGUGUCCUGAGUACCCAGUAUCUUGUCCCAACAAGUGUUUGCAGAUUAUUCCAAGAACUGAGGUGGAUGAACACCUUGCUGUGUGUCCUGAAGCUGAACAAGACUGUCCUUUCAAGCACUAUGGCUGUACUGUAAAGGAUAAACGAGGAAACCUGCAGGAGCAUGAACAUUCAGCCUUACGGGACCACAUGCUUCUGGUUUUAGAAAAGAACUUCCAAUUAGAAGAACAGAUUUCUGACUUAUAUAAGAGCCUAGAACAAAAAGAAAGUAAAAUCCAGCAGCUAGCAGAAACCGUAAAGAAAUUCGAAAAGGAGUUCAAGCAGUUUGCACAGUUGUUUGGCAAAAAUGGAACUUUCCUCUCAAAUAUACAGGUUCUUGCCAGUCACAUUGACAAGUCCGCUUGGCUAGAAGUUCAGGUGCGUCAGUUAUUACAAAUGGCUAACCAGCAACAAAGUAAAUUUGAUCUGAGGCCUUUGGUGGAAGCGAUUGAUACAGUGAAACAGAAAAUCACCCUGCUAGAAACCCAUGAUCAAAGAUUAGUUGUUUUGGAAGGGGAGACUAACAAACAUGAUGCCCACAUUAAUAUUCAUAAAGCACAGCUGAAUAAAAACGAAGAGCGAUUUAAGUUGCUAGAAAGUGCCUGCUAUAACGGAAAGCUCAUCUGGAAGGUGACAGACUACAAGCUGAAGAAGAAGGAGGCGCUGGACGGACACACAGUAUCCAUCUUCAGCCAGCCCUUCUACACCAGCCGCUGUGGCUACAGGCUCUGCGCUAGAGCGUACCUGAAUGGGGACGGGUCCGGGAAGGGGACGCACCUGUCGUUGUACUUUGUGGUGAUGCGAGGGGAGUUUGACUCACUGCUGCAGUGGCCAUUUAGGCAGAGGGUGACCCUGAUGCUUUUGGACCAAAGUGGCAAAAAGAACCACAUUAUGGAGACCUUCAAGGCUGACCCCAAUAGCAGCAGCUUUAAAAGACCCGAUGGGGAGAUGAACAUUGCCUCUGGCUGUCCACGCUUCGUGGCUCAUUCCACUUUGGAGAAUGCCAAGAACACCUACAUUAAAGAUGACACCCUGUUCUUGAAAGUGGCUGUGGAUUUAACUGACCUGGAGGAUCUCUAAUCACUGCUUUUGGGGUGAUAAAAGGACUCCUUGAAUCCAGAACCUUUGGUUAAUGUAGUGACUGAAUGUAGGCUCGACACACACUUGUGUUUGGCUCUUUGCCCUUAAUGUUUGAAGUCAUUUUGAGAUUUCUCAAGUGCUGUCUUCUUUUUACAUUUUAUUCUGUCCCAGUUUGAAACUGACAAUACUUAGAAUAUCUUCUCAUUAUUUAUAUUUUUAUAUCUCUUGAAAGAUGUUAAUUUUCUUAAAGGUAAGGUCUGGGGCAUACCUCUUUUACUGGUGCUUAGUGUGGGGUCUCAGGGUGGGCCCUCUAUAAUAUUAAAUGUCAUUGAGGACACAGAGGUAGAAUUUCCAGUUGAAAAUGCUUUGGUAUUUUAUAUUUGACCUUCUGAUUCUAGACCUGACCGUAAGCCUGCAAAAACUAUCUUUCAGGGUAGGCUAUUCCAGUUAGGUAGAUGGGUAAUGUACUUCAAUCUGCCCAGUUUGGACCAGACUUUUUCUGGUUAUAUACUGUAUUUGUGGAAAUUACUACACCUUUAAUAUUUUCAUGAAGUUUACUAGUAGUCAGCAAGCACAGUUUUGCAAGGAUGCAUAAGAAGUGGUGAAUAGAGUAAGCAUUUUCAUUCUCCCUGUUGAAGUAAAGCAGAAAGCACGGCAUAGUUUAUAUAUAAGGAGAUACAGCCAUCCAGCUAAAGUUCAGAUUUUAUUAGGUUCAAGCACGUGAAAAAACCGUUUUCAAACAAAAUGAUCAAAUAUUAUCAGUUUUGUAAGAUUCAACUUAAUAAAUAAUAUAUAUGUACAUGUAUACAAAUAGUUUAAAGGUAUUUUGGUAAGAAUAGUAAAUUAAUAUGAGGAUGGGCAGAAUUUAGUAUAUGAUGGAGAAAAUGUCAAAAAUGGAUAAGAGGAAUUUAAAACCUAGGGAGAACACCAUUACAAUUUCUUAUGGGUGUUAGUACUCCCAUAUGAAAUUGAUGGCUAAAAGCAGUAUCUCCUUUUUGAGAGGAAUUUUGAAUUCAUAAAUUGAUAUGAAAAUGGGUACUUAUGUAAACUUGUGAUGUUUCCUGUCGAAGUCCUGAGUACUUUGUGAAGAACAGAAAUGAUCGUGUUCUUCUACAUCUAUCUGUAUGGGUCUGAGAGUGUAAAUACGAGUCUACCUGAGUCCUUCUGACUCUUGAUAAGCCUGAGCUUAACAAGAAACUACCCAGUUUUCCUGAGCCCUAACUCUUGUUAUGCCACUGAGCAUGGCCGACACUCAGCUGGCUCCCUUGAGCGUGCAAGGGCAAGCUGCUCACUCAGGUGAUGACCACACACCUUAAAACUCUUGAUCAGUUGACCUCACAGAAGCACAUGAUUUAUACCAGUGGCUUUUGGAAUAACUGGAACUUUCUUCAUCUCUCCUGUGAAAUUUCCAAGAUACCAAAGACUCAUACUGCACAAAUCUUCCCAAAGGGUUAAAUUCAAAGACCUAAGUUCACAAUAGAAAUCUGCUAAAGAACUACCCUGAAUCUGCUGGUGAACUGGGGUACAGCUGAUGGUCAGCACAUUCCCUCAGACAAACUCAGAAAGUGUUUCUCUAGACCUCACAGCUAGACGCAGGUGGCGCUGUGUGCUUGUUUUCAAUGUUUCUCAUCAAGUCCAAAGUCAUCGUUGUGUUCCUGAGGAACAGAUCACACUGUUGUAACUAGUUUUAAGUCUUUGAUGUGAAACACAUUUUAAGAAGUGAAUUUAUCAAAAUACAGAUUUUGUGUUUUAACCAACUUCUCUACAUAAAAAAUGUAAGUCAUGGCAUGGUUUGCUUAUGAGUUCAGAGUCCCUUCAUCAUUGAAACAGUGAACACAGAACAAGGUAUUCUAAAAUA